UCACAUCACGGAUUGUUUUUCUUCCGUGUUUUCCUUUUUCAGCGAUAGGGUCCAACGACACGCUACUUACUUCGUUUGUGAUGAUCAAUAACUGGUGAACACUAGUGAAUCUUCGUUUCUCGGUUAUCGGUCGACCAUUGUGUAGCAUCGGAAGCACAGUCGGAAGAAACAUGAGCGAUCCGCGGGUGGAUGCACUGUGCGAGCCGGGCGCGUGUGAGGAGAGCUCAUUGAUAACCACCGACUCGUUCGAAGAAUUUUCCCACGAAAUUAACAGCCUUCCUGCCGUACCGGAUAGCAUUGGAAGUCCUGACAUCGUUGAAACGACGGAUGCUCUAGUGGAUGAUAAGCGCUUAGAGGAGACCGGUGCUGCUGCCAGCAUAACGCAGAUACAGGAUGGACUACAAAGUGAUCAUCCGGCAGAGGGGGCGAUGAGCAAAUCGAGUUCAUUCAGUAGCGCCAAAAGUAGGGAGUUUGAUGCGUCAACGACAAGUCUCGCGGAUCCGGAGCAGGCGGGUGGUUCCGGGAUGGCGCUCGGCGCGGACCUGGAGAGCGGUGACUAUCUACACGAUGAGGCGUUUCUGGGAAGAAAACGGCAUGUAUUUAUCUUAAGCACGGCCGGGAAGCCCAUCUACUCGAUGCACGGCAAUGAAGAUAAAUUGGCCACACUGUUUGGGGUGAUGCAGGCGCUAGUUAGUUUCAUUCAGAGCGGCAAUGAUACGAUAAAAUCGAUCCAUGCCGCCGGAGUCAAGUUUGUUUUUCUGGUCAAGUCGCCCCUCAUACUGGUGGCAGUUUCAAGGACAUCGCACAGUGUACAACAGAUACAACUGCAGCUGACUGACGUGUACAAUCAGAUACUCUCUACGCUCACGCUCAGUCACAUGAUCAAAACGUUUGAGAAGCGGAAAAAUUUCGACCUCCGCAGGUUGCUGGCCGGCAGCGAGCGUCUAAUCGAUCACUUGUUGGUCAGUGACAAAUGUGAUCAGAAAUUGGUGUCUAACAAUCCGUUCAGCUUUAUGACGCACUCGGUGCGUAUCCUUCCGCUGCAGCCUUCCGUGCGGGAAACGAUCGUAUCCGCCAUCCAGAGCAACUGUGCGAAGAUCAAGAACUUAGUGUUUGCAGUAUUAAUUGCCAACAACAAGCUGAUAGCACUCGUACGCAUGAAAAAGUAUUUUAUCCAUCCGGCCGACCUACGAUUGAUCUUCAACCUGAUUGAGUGCUCGGAGAGCUUUAAAUCGGCCGAAAGCUGGACCCCACUGUGCUUACCCAAGUUUGAUUCGACCGGGUUUUUGCAUGCGCACGUUUCCUAUCUUGCCGAGGACUGUCAGGCGUGUCUGCUGCUACUUUCCAUCGAGCGGGACGUUUUCUACACGCUUUCCGAAGCAAAACGCAAAAUUACAGAGAAAUUACGCCGAAGUAACUGUCUCGAGGCGAUCAACGAUGCUAUCAACAACAAGGGGAUCAAACUGCUCAAUAUUGGUAUUCCGGAGAUACGGCACUUUCUUUACAAGAGCAAAUCGAAUGCGCAGCUGCUCUGCUCUGAGCUGACCGUGCCGUAUUCGAGUACGGAACAGUUCAAGCGCCUGGAAGGUAUGUACUUCCAGCUACACCAUCGGGUCCAUAACUCUGGUCGCCCGGUAAAGCUGAUUUAUCAAAUGAAGGAAAAAGAAGUUCUUCUUGCCUGGGUAACACAAGCGUACGAACUGUUUGUGACAUUCGAGCCGACGGUGGAAAAAAGUGAAGUCAUCAGCCUCGUCAACAAGCUGUUAAAGUGGAUCAAGAAGGAGGAGAACAGUUUGUUCAUCCUUUCCGCACCGACUUUCUAGGAGUCGGGGUUGUCUCUGUCACCACUGCUGCAGUUCUUUACGUUCUCGCCAGCGAAUUGGCCGACAGAGAUGAACUCUUCCUAAACCAUAGGUCAUGCCCCACCUUCCUGACCAAGUCGGAAUCCUUUCUUCGAGUGUUUCUUUUCACCCCCUUUGUGACGAUUUCAAAGUGAUCCGUAUUAGGAAAACAUUUAAACAUUCUCGUGCCCCAUUGUGGAGCCCGAUACAGCAAUUAAACUGCUGCAAGGAAAAUGCAAGGGUAGCUCAAGUUAACUAGUUUUUGACCGCGCAAGCGAAGCACGAGACGGGAAAUGAGGGUAGCAUUAUCAGAGCAAUUAUAUUUCAAACUAUUUUGUAAAUAUUUAUUUAUAUCGGAUCUAUGUACCUAGAACACCAAAAGCGCUUCGAAGCUAUUUCGGUGGACGGUGGUCAGUACACUAGUUUGUUGGUUUAUAUUUCUUAAAUGACCCAUCCAUUCGGCAAGGCUGAGGUGUUGAACAAAAUUAAUCUGGAUGAACUUAGCGACGAAAGGAAACGUUGAUGCCGCCGUCUUCCGGUAGCUGAAGCAAAGGGUGAAAUAUACCAAAAUGAGAAAAAAUGGCAUGCAUAGAUAGAAAAAAAAAACUGCAAAUAAAUCGAUAACAAAGUCUCUGCAGGAGAAUAGUUAAAUAGCACGCAACCUUUUUAUUACUGUUCUUCAAGAGUGCGUGGCAAUUGAAUACGAAAGACAAACGAUGUACUAAAUAAAGGUUAACAUAUUAAUAUAAGAUGAUACAUUGGAUUUGAUUAUAUUACCUCCGA